AGACCAGGCCACUCAACAGCAUCACUCAAAGCCAAGCAACAGCAGCAGCUUCCCUAGCAACACCUUGCCCCUGAGCUCAUGGGAUCCCUGGGCCCCACAGUGAGCUUGAGCAUCAUGGCCAGGCCAGGCGGCCAGCAGCCGGCGGAGAUGGAGAGGAAGAAGGACAGCGGUGUCUUCUUCGGUGGGGGCUGCGGCUUCCGGAUGCCGCUGCACUACCCGCGCUACAAGAAGGCGGACUACGAGAGCAUGCCGGAGUGGCGCGUCGACUGCCUGCUCCGCGAGUACGGCCUUCCCGCCGACGGCGACGUCGACAGCAAGCGCCGCUUCGCCAUGGGCGCCUUCCUCUGGCCCGACCAGUACUGAUCCAACCAAACAAAGCUCAGCGCUAGCUAGCUGCGUGCCGGCCGUGAUCUCGUCAUAUUUAGAGGAUCAGCUGCAUCAGUUAUAGCGAGACCUAAUUGAUCAUCUCCAUCGAUCGUAUACAUGUUACCAUCGUUCUGCUUGUAGUUGUAGCGGCCGGACAUGCUGCAUUCUAGUAUAUAGCUGGAUCGCGCGCUGUAUAGUGUAGUAUGUCUAUGAAAUAAAAGAAAUGUUGUUUAUUUUAUCAGAGAUGAGGUGUUCUGUUCUGCC